CAGUUCUCUACUGCGCUCCGAGUGAAGCGGAGCUUUUCGAGAGGCAUUAUAUAUCUCUUUCACGUUCUCCCUAGCGAAGGAUCAGAUCCCUUCGAUCGGAAUUCUAUAUCGAGUCGCGCAUUCGCGAAGAGAAUCCCGAGAAAACAAAAACAGGAACAGACGCAAUCCCUCGAUCAUUUUGGGAAAAAUCCCGGGGGGGGAAACGAACAGGGGUUCGAGGGGAUGAGAAAAGGGACGACGAUGUGCGAGAGAAAACUACUGCGAGUGCUGUAGAACGAGAAGGACUUAGAGAACUGAUCUGAGUGAUACACCGGAGGAGGAACACUCGAGAGAAGUCCGGAAAAGCGUCUGCGGGAACGAGUGCGAAUAAUCGCGACAAUGUCGAAGAGAUCGACCGAGCUGGUAUCUAGGUGGCUGCUGCUGGCGGGGCUCCUGUGCCGCGCGUCUUGCCAGAGUGUGUCGUCCUCCUUCGAGAAUAAAACUGGCCAGAAUGACAGCCGGCCGCGAAUAUUCUCUCCCAAAAUGGACUACGACGAGUGGACGCCGCUGGGACGCGGCGACCCCUUGAAAAACAGUCCAACUUUUGACUACGUGCCGCCGGUUCUCGACAGAGUGCAAUACUGGCUGGAUUCGCAGCAGCAGCACACGACGGAACCAUCAUCGAAACGCGACAUCCUCGUGCUGGGCGUGACCGCGAAGAAGACCAGCCCAAAAAUACCCGAGCAGUUUCUCAAGUUUGUGGAUGGGCCCAAAUUCACACGUACCGCAAGCCAAGAUCCGACCUUGUAUAGGAACGACUUCACCGGUAGCAUCGGCGCCGAGCCGCCCAAGCUCGUGCGUACCACCAACUUCCGAAACGGCCUGGUCGAUUACAGGAACCAGAACAGACUGCAGUCGUUGCCCGCCAGUUAUUACCCAAAUCCAUAUUACAGCCAGAAAAUGAAACCGUACACCAUGAUGAUGCCGCCACCGAUGGUCCAGAAGGCUGAAACGUCCACCAGUUACGGUACGGGUACGUCCAAGGAUAAAGUGCUUGGUUACGACAUGUCUCAGCCGUUCAGUACACAGACGGAGGAAGGUCCUAUUCUUCAGGAUACGCAGUAUUACGGAGUACACUUGAAGGACUACGAGCAUUAUUCUCCCGCGUCUUCGUCGAGACCGUACCCCACGUCAAAACCAUCGUCAGAUAAAAUUGAGACUAUCAAAAGUGUAUACGUACCAUCCGCGUCGCAAAGCACCAAAUCCAGAUACGAAGCGACAACUGCGUCAACUGUGUCCUUCGAGAAAUCUAACCUGAUCUAUCAAUCGACGCAAACUCUGUCCGGUGGAUGGCUUGGCAACAACGGGCCCACAUCUUCCUCUACUGAAUUUUCGCCAGAUGUCAAUCAAGUCACUUGGAAAACCGCGGAUUACUCGAAAGAUCACUACGAAGAUCAUCAUGCCGCAGCUUCGUCCAAUCACGAGGUAGUUGUCGGUCAGAAUGCGAAUAUCAUCGUAGACGGCACCAACAAUGAAAAUGAAGAAGUGGUUGUGGGUCAGAAAGAAAUCAGCAGCGAGACAACAUCUUCAACGUCCGAGAACAUCACGCAGACGUCUCUCGCUUCUGUCACCACGGCGGAUUCCGUUGAGCAGAAAGAAGAUGAAGCUGUGACCGACGCGGAGUCUUCGCAAAAGAUGCACAUCGUGGUCGCAAACUCGCCGUCCAGCAUUAUGGACUUGGAGACGCACAAAGCGAAGAAAGGUCCGGUUGCCGUGGUAAUGCCGACGAACUACGUCGAAAAGAACACAACUUCGAGUUCGGACCCAUCGACAACGCUCCACAACAACGCUUGGGAGAAUCCCGUUACGUCUGAGAUGACGAAGACGACUCAUCAGACAUCGAAGCCUCAAUUCCAACCGAUGAGAAACGCAGUAACGAGUUUACCGAUCUCAACGGAAGAGGAUCGUCAAUCUAGUUCCUCCGUGCCGAACAGAAUAAUGCCCUCCCCGCAGCUUCCUCAUCAGUCUCUAUCAUCUUCCCCGAUGAUGCCUCCAAGACAUAUAGUAAACUCUCCGCAUAUGUUCCUCCCUCCACAAGCAGUUUCCCAGUAUAUGUUGCGCACUCAGAACAGACCAAAUCAUAUGAUGCACUUAAUCGGCAGUAUGCGUCCCGGUUUUCGGCCCUCCUCGCCGAUUUCGAUGUUCCACAUGUCGCCGCCCAUGACGCAAGUACACGCGCUACCUAUGAAGGGAGUGAUGUCACCGAAUAUGGAACAAAUUCAUCAACGACCGUCGCAGCCGUUCCCCGUGACGUUCACCAGUCCGCCGUCACCGCCGACAACUUUGAACGCACAAGCUACCGAAUCUGACGAGCAUACGUCGGUCGAUCAUACGUCUCGAUUGCCGACAACGACUGCAAAUGCAAUGACCACCUCGUCGUCAUUAGUGUCAUCAUCGGUAGAAUCGACAUCCACUAUGGACACUGUGGAUCAUCAAGAAAGCACGAGACACGAUCAUCAGUUGCCUUUGGUGAAGAUCUUCAGCACCGAGAAGACUACGCUCGUUCCAUCCUCGACAGUUCCUCCCCGAACUACAACAGCUCCGAGUUUGACCACCGAUCCGAUCUUUUCUCACUACAAACAGCCGGCCAAACCAAUCCGCGGUCCGAUGUAUCUCAUUAUUCAAGGUCACUCAAAGGUGAAGACUUAUAAACCCACAAUAAACAAGCAUGGCGUGCCAGUGGAGAACAACGAGAUUGUGGAGAGCGUGACCGAGCGUCAGCUGUCAAAGCUGGAUCAGCUGAUUCAUGAGAAUACGAAGAAUGGCAUCGUCGAUCUAGCUGCCGAAAAGAAGAAGUUGGAAGAGAAAGCGCGCGCCGAGAAACAACGUCAGUUACUGCAGCAGGAAAGCCUGAUGAGUCUGGUCGAGAGCGGCCUAAGCGGUUUUACCGUGUCACCUUCGACAAAAGACGAGCAUCGCGCGUCCAAGUCGUCGGUCACGAGCAUCGAGAUCAAUUAAAUGAUCCACCGAUCGUUCUCCUGUCGAAGAACAAAGGCAGGAUGCUGAACGCCUCGCAAAAUAGAGCGUUCCCUUAUUGCGCGGCAAAGCUAGCAGGGAUAAAUAGCGAAAGUAGAAAGUAAAACUCGCUAGGAGAACGAAAUAUCGAUUUAUUCCGUAAUCGUUGGGUGAAAAAUCGAUUGUCGCGAAAAUCGCCGGAUAUCCGAGAUAUAAACACUGAAGGUUCACAGCAAGAUCUCGUGUAUGAGAUUUCUUUUCGAUGUUCAGAGCUAUCCCCGAGAGAUGGAUGCAACUUCAAAACGUUGGCAAACGAGGUGUCGGAAAUUUACGUUGUUUAUUAUUUUGUUUAUUGUUCCGUGAUACUGAGUGCCUUCAUACAUUUCUUUUUUUUUUACUCAUUGCUCUUGAAUAACACGAGCAUUUUGUAGAUUUACAAAUGACAAUUAAAUUUACACUAUAUUACGCAAAG